AGCAAGAAGCCAAUACCUUGCACACCGAGCAGAAAAGUCGCACCUGCAGUGGCUUCUUCGUCCCACUGCCGCAGCUGCAGCAUGCGCCGUUGCCGCAUUUCCAACAACAAGCCCUGAAGCAGAACACCAUUGCACGCGUUGCGAAGCUGGCAAACGCUUCUCCCGCCGUGAUGCCCGGUGUUUGGAGGUUGGAAACGCGUGCAGGAAUCUAUACAGACCUGGAACGAGAUCUGGAAGUGAAGACAAUGAAAGAAACUACUGCACGCUGGAAACCAACUGCCGACAUGGCCGAGCUCGAGGCUGAAGAGCUGAAACGCCUGGAGAAGGUAAAUCAGCGCCGGGCGAUUCAACGGCCUGUGGUGCACCUUAGUAUGUGGGAUCGCAAGAACUGCCAAAACACCGCGCUGGCGGGCGACAAGCAGUACGUGGCCCAGUGCCUCAGCAAGGUCUCAGAAGAUGAAGCUGCCAAACUGGCACGCACACAAGUCUUGCGGGACAAGUGGUUCCAGAGUGUCUUCCAGCCCAUGCCAGGCCAUGUCAUUAGCAAAGAAAUUUUGCAACGGAUGCCUCCUCCAACCAUGCAAGCAGAGGCAGAAGAAACGAGGUCUCAGUGUGUAAAUGAGCAUGAGGAAGAGGAUGAAGACAAUGAGGAGUUUAUCUUCGAACAGGUGGAGAUUACCAGCAUCAUCAACUGCUGUCGAAGUUUUUUCGUCUUGGGUCGAGUCCUAACGCGUGCGGCGUUUUGUCGCAUGGCCUGCGCCUUCGAGGGCUUUCGCUCGCAGGGGAGACCCUGGCUGAAGCGAUCGGUCUCUUGGAGUGAUGUUGCCCAUUUCGAUCGUUUGUGCAGCAAGAUCGUCGUGCAAAGCGAAGGGACCACCUUAGAGGUCCUCGGAAUGCGAAUGCCGGAUGUGGCCCGGUUAGAUGAUAUGGGCUGGGUGGAAGCUCGGCAGACCCCCAGCCGCCGAAGCAGUAUGAAGCGGAACCUGCGAAACUGGUUCUUCGAGUCCUUACUGCCCUCAGCGCAAGACUAUGCGCACGCGCGACAGGAGGUCUUAAAGGCCCGCAUUGAUCAAGCAAAGCCUGAUGGUCUCGCUGAGGUUGAGGAGGAGGAAGCACCGGCCGCUGGACCGCUGCCGGACGAUGCGGACGCGGACGACGCGGACGCGUCGCCUGUGUCGCCUGUGCCGACCAUUCGAGUGGUGAGCGAAGAUGAGCCGAGACCCGAGGAGAGAUGGGCGCUGGGGUCGAUGCUUUAA